UGGAUGAGCAUCGUGUAUAUAAUGGUUGCGAGACGAGAAAGUAAUACCAUUGAAUCUUCGACUGUCAAGAACAUAACUACCCAACAAUGAGAACCGCAAUAUUAUCAUUAAACAUUACUUUCUUCUUUCUACUUUGUAUCUGCUAUCUUCAUUUAGGAGAAGUAACGGCUGACGAAAUAUGCCCCAAAGAAAAUUGUGUAUCGCCCGAAAAAUGUGAAAGUCUAAUUAGAGGAAAGUCUCCUUCAUGUGGAAAUCAAAGAAAAGUAUGCUGUAGUGUUGUUAAAGACGAGUUUCGAACUCAUUGCAGACAUCAUGGAGGUAUCUGUAUGAAUCGAUGCGCUCCUCAGAUUCAAAGAGACACUACAGACUGUACUGACGGUCAAGUUUGUUGUGUUCUUGUUUAAACAAUAAACUCAACAAUCAAAUAGGAAAAAGUAUUACGUUCUUAUAAAUAUAGUGCAAAUAAACAAUAUCUUUUUUAUAUUGUUCUGUUAUUAAUAAACUUUUACGUUACAAGAAAACAAAAAAAA